UUUUUGCUCUGUUUUACGGACUUGAACCUGGUGUUGAAGGGCAGUCACGACGACGUCUAGCACACACCAGCGUAUAGAUGAUGAUCAUCGUUUUACUCCUGUAAAAGCGUGGGCCGUUCAUGUGCCCCAAUCACAAGGAGAAUUAAUCAUAACUUGACUGCACUUCAUUCUACAGUGCACUGCCCCAGGGUUUUCUGAUGCAGCGCAUUGGGAGAACCUAUGAGAGCUCCCUGAUCUGAGUCAGUAUUUAAAACCAAGUCUGUGCUCUGGCAGUCGGCCACUUAUCGUCCGUGACUCAGUGUGUGCUGUUCAAGCGUUGGUUGGUGAUUGCCGAUAUUGUUCAACCCUUGGUCAUCAAAGCAAUGGUGACGUUGCGAGACUUUGUGAUUUGAAGUUGCAAAGAAGACACUUUCAUUGUGGAGACAAAUUAUGUACUGUUGGAAUUUUUACCACAGUGGAAUAACUGUUUUAAUUUGAGAGAAAGUUAAGGCUCUGGAGUUGAUGCUUGGAGGUUUGGUGAUGAGGUGUAAUGAAAAACGGGGUACACUUAAACGUUCGGGUGAACUGACGGCUCAUGAAAAAUCACCUGGAUUUCAUCUGGUGCAGCUGGCUCGACUUUUCAUGCGGCCGGCAAGGACUUGACAAGUCUGAUGUUCACAAAUAUAAACCACGAGUGCAAAAUUAAACUAGAGGGUAGGCGUACUUUACAGAUCACCCAUCUCGGGUAUCGACGAAAGAGGUAGAGGUGUUUCUCUAAAGAGCAGUGACACAAUUCUUUUCCUGUGACACUUAAGAAAUCAAGUCUCAAAGAUUCUUCAGUCGCUAGACUGAUUUCGGUUUCUUACUGGCAACCAAGAUGUAUCCAAGCUGAUGAUCUUGGUAACUGUUUUACUCUACAAAUGUAGCUUACCGUGGAAUUCUUCAGUGUUGUCUGCAAGGAAGUAUUUUGACGGCGGAUAUUUUGAAGAGGACUGACGAAUUUGUUUUGUGGAUUUGCACGGAGGGAACCACCAAUUUCUUGUGGAUUUUCUUGAGGUGAAGCAAGAAAAAACGGCCGCCAAGAUGCGUACCCAUUCACUGUUGAAGGCCCCUGAGAUUGCCAUCAACGGCCUGAAACAGAACAUGGCUGCUUCAGAGUAUGACGAGAUCAGGUCUCGUUACCACCUCAAAGAAACCGUUGGUUCAGGUGGUUUUGCCAAAGUGAAGUUAGCAACUCACAUUGUUACUGGAGAGAAAGUAGCCGUGAAGAUUAUGGACAAGCGAGCAUUAGGGGCCGAUUUACCAAGAGUCAAGACAGAGAUAAUGGCUAUGAAGGAACUGGUCCAUCAGCACAUCUGCACCCUGUAUGAAGUGGUAGAAACAAAACACAAGAUCUUCAUGGUCAUUGAGUAUUGUCCAGGUGGGGAGCUGUUUGAUUACAUCGUCGCCAAAGACAGACUCAAAGAAUCCGAGGCGAGAAAAUUCUUCCGACAGAUUUUAUCAGCUGUCGCUUACAUACACGACAAGGGCUACGCCCACAGAGACUUGAAACCGGAAAAUCUUCUUCUCGACGAUGAGCAGAAUCUAAAAUUGAUAGACUUUGGACUCGCUGCCAGACCUAAGGGAGGAUUGGACCAACAACUUGAGACAUGCUGUGGUAGUCCAGCCUAUGCAGCUCCGGAGCUUGUUUCAGGGAAACAAUACUUAGGACCCGAGGCGGAUAUAUGGAGCAUGGGGGUUCUCCUGUAUGCCCUCCUCUGUGGCUUUCUUCCCUUUGAUGAUGAUCAUGUUGCUACACUGUACAAGAAAAUCUUAAAGGGGGAGUACGAGGAACCAAGAUGGCUGUCGGAUAGCAGCUGUGAUCUUCUCAAGCAUAUGUUACAGGUAAACCCAAAGAAAAGAAUAAGAAUGGACAAUCUCUUACACCAUUCCUGGAUCAAGAAGGGGCACUGUGGCACAGUUGAUUGGCAUUCCAAGUGUGAGAAGCACGACGUUAACAUUGAGUGCAUUGAAGAGAUGGCGGAGUACUACUGCAAGACCAAAGAUGACAUGAUUAGUAUCGUUGAACAGUGGCACUACGAUGAAGUCACAGCUGUUUACUUUUUACUUCUCAACAACCACGUUAGAGGGUGUAAGAUCAAGCUCCCUCCGAGGACUAGACCCCUUGGGGAAAAGGUUCACCAUGCAAAUUUAACGACGAACCAUCACCACCACCACCCUGCCCACCUUGAACUCCCGACAAGCUCCCCGUACGGAUUUUCCUCAAUGGAGGACGGACUUGAGAAUAUCGAGGCUUACAGCUACUCGUCUUCAAGGCAAGAUCGCCGGCACUCUGCAGACUGCACCCAUUCAAUAAAAACAGCACACAUGAAGAACGUGUACCAGGGAACGUACGUGACGCCUUAUAAUCCGGAGCAAGGGAGUUUGAGACAACAGUACAACUCCGGUAAGGAGAACCUCUAUGACUUUGAUGACUUUGUCAAGCCAUCCGGUUUGCCCUUAAAGACUCCCAUACGGAACAGAAGUAAGAGUGACGCUAAGGAAAGUGCUAGGAAGAGAGCAGCACAGAAAUCCCCGAUGAAGACUCCUGUAGUGCCAACGUUAUCGCUGCCGGUACCGGUUGUGUCGUCAGCAAAGUCAAUGGAUAAUAAUUUGCACUUGCUACAUAUUGAUCCCCUUAGUCCGGAUAAGAGAGCGGUGUCCAUGGAGGAUUCAUUAGACAUUGAUCCUGAAGGUAUUCAGAGAAACCAUCUUCGCAAGUCCAGUCUCGGCGGCUCUGCUAAGAAGAUCUUCGGCAGUUUUGAGAAGGGGCUGGAUAAGGUCAAAGACUUCUUGACACCAAGGAAGUGGUCUAUCCCUAGCCAUGAUGAACCAAGGAAAGUCAAGGCGUUGUAUAACGUUUCAACGACAUCAACACUACCUGCCGACAAAGUCAUAGAGAUCAUGUAUGAAGCAGUGUGCAAAAGUGAAAUCACUGUCUGUAAGCAAAAAGGGUUCACGUUACGCUGCAAAAAGCAAGACUUCAAAGGACGAACCACACUCUCGUUUGAUUUGGAGAUCUGUCGCUUACCCAACAUGGACCUUAUCGGAAUCAGAAGACAGAGACUCAAGGGGGACACCUGGGAGUUCAAGAGAGUCUCGCAAAAAAUCAUGGACUUAGCCAAACUUUAGAUCCUUUUUAACCAAAUCUAAUUUUUUUAACCUAAAUUUUAUUUAAUUUUUUUAAUUUUAAUAAAACGGAUUUAAGAGUCCACCGAGAUAAGUGUUCCCAGUAAUCAUGCACAACAGUAAUGUAUUGUAUGUUCAUUGACAAUUUUGCAAAAUUUCUCAAUAUUUAAAGAGAGGGUACACUAUAAAAAGUGAUUAGUAAGAAGCACUGCAGCUGUUAAAAAUUUAACAUGUCGAGAAACGAUUCCCUUCAUUCAAAGGUAUGU